AUGGGUUUAAGGGUGAUACCGGUUGAUGUGUAUAAAUUUGAAGUGGAUGAAGAUGAUGAAACAUACGUGGUUAACCUACAAACUAUGAAAUGCAAUUGCUACAAGUGGAAUUUAUUAGAAAUACCAUGUACACAAGCAAUGGCUUGUAUCUCGAGAAGGAAAUUAGAUUUUGUUCCUUAUGUCAAUGAAGCAUAUUAUGUAAGUACGCAUGUUAAAACAUAUUCUCCAAUAUUUCAUGGUAUGCCUGGGCAUAAACAAUGGUCAUCAAGUACAGUAGCUAGGCCUCUUCCUACACCUUUUAGAAAUAUGCCAGGGAGGCCGUCAAAGAAGAAAAGAAAGCCAGAAGCUGAUGAGGGUAGGGAUGGUAAAAAGAAAAAGGAAAUUUUGGUUAGUAGGGGAAAGAAGAAUAAAUGUGCAAAUUGUGGUAACUUCGGGCAUUACAAGAAAACUUGUAAGAAUCCACCUAAGCCUACUACAAGCGCACCGAAUGCCAAGGUAGGUAGACUAAGUAAAAGGUCUGACAGGAAUCAAUCUAGGCUUUCUCUCAUUUCCAGUCAACAAUCAAGCAUUUCCAAUCAACUUUGCGAUUAA